GCCGAAGUUAGUCGACAGAGCGACCUUCCAAACAGUCAGGUGUCACGAUGCCAUGAUCCCGGGUUCAAAUGCGAUACGUUUGACGAUUAAGUUUAAAAUUUCGAAAGUGUUCGUAGAAAAUUUUCAGCAUCUUGAUCGCGAAUAACAUCAAAUGGGGACAUGUACACGAAAUCACAAUCUUAUAAUAGCUUUCGACUUUUCGUCUCGUGCGUGAAUCGUUUGUUCAAGCCCCGUAAUGACCAACAUCGGAUAUUCAAACGUUGCCUAUUCGUGCCGUUCGAGCCGCAACAGUACAAAGUGCGUUUCCACCAUGAUGACCAGAAAGGCGGUCGUAAGAGCAAUAGGUACGACUACGUCUUGAACAUGAAUAACAGUCAGUACUUGGAUCACAUGUACCAGUUGUGGAGGAAAGAUCCGAAGUCCGUCAGCACUUCGUGGGAUACCUAUUUUAGAUUAACUUAUGCUGAUAAUCUGCCGGAGCCAAUAGCUUCCAGCUCACCGAAAUUCUCCACCUCAUCGGGGUAUUCAUCAGCUUCUAACUUGACAACACCUGCGUCCACUCGAGUUGAAUUAUCUUCUAAUACGAAACCGUCAAAUUCACCAUUAUCAGCAUCAAGUUCUCAAAAGAGUGGAGAAUCCAAGUCCAGCGGUGACAUGCAAGGUGAACAAUUUAUAAAUGGAGCUCUUGAUAUUAAUGCCACGAUUCGAGCUUAUCAGGCACGUGGUCAUUUAAUAGCCGAUACCGAUCCACUGGGCAUACAAAAUCCAGAAUCGUAUAAGCUUCAAGGCACUUCUAAUUUACCACCCGCGAUCGUGGUGCGAGAACAUUUGAAAGGAAUGACCGAGGCUGAUAUGGACAGAGAAUUUCCUCUUGCUCCAUUCACCGUGAUUGGUGGUCCUAAACGAAAUCUUCCUUUACGCGAAAUACUAAUGAGAUUGAACCAAGUUUAUUGUGGUCAUUUAGGUCUCGAGUACACCUACAUUCACGAUCUUGUUGUAUUAGAUUGGUUGAGACAGAAGUUUGAAGUACCUGGAGCUUGGGAAUUACCAGCUGAUCAUAGAAAAUUCAUUUGGGUGAACAUUAUGAGAGCAGUAACGUUCGAAGGCUUUUUGGCGCGAAAAUUCCCCACUGAAAAAAGAUUCGGUUUGGAGGGAUCCGAAGCUUUCAUACCAUCGAUGAUACAGUGCUUAGAAACAUCAGCAGAAAAUGGAGUAGAAAGCGCUGUGAUAGGAAUGGCUCAUCGAGGACGGUUGAACACCUUGAUCAAUGUUUGUUUCAAACCACUGCAUCAACUUCUUACUCAGUUUCAUCCGAUUCCUUUGGAAGGUUUCGGUUCUGGUGAUGUAAAGUAUCACUUGGGAACGCACGCGGAAAGAAUUUUAGAAAGAUCCAACAAGAAGAUUCUUAUUUCUAUGAUGGCUAAUCCAUCUCAUUUGGAAGCAAUCGAUCCUGUCGUGGUCGGUCGAGUUCGAGCCGAGCAAGUGGAAAAGAACGAUGCUAAAUUUGGUAGGAAGUCAAUGGCUAUUUUGGUUCAUGGCGAUGCCGCCUUUUCGGGGCAAGGUAUCGUUUAUGAAACGAUGCAUUUAACUAAUUUGCCAAAUUACACGACUGGUGGCGUCCUUCAUCUUGUAAUUAACAAUCAGAUCGGUUUCACCACUGAUCCAAGAUAUUCCCGGUCCAGCGUUCAUUGCACGGAUGUAGCACGUGUUGUAAAUGCCCCUAUAUUUCACAUGCAUGCUGACGAUCCUGAUUUAGUAGCUUAUUGCAGCAAAGUUGCUGCAGAGUAUAGGACAAUGUUCCACAACGACGUUGUUCUGGACAUCGUGGGAUAUCGAAGAUUCGGACACAACGAAUUGGACGAGCCGAUGCUUACGCAACCAUUAAUGUAUAAACGUAUAAAGACGCACCCGAAUGUACUUACCAUUUAUACGGAAAAAUUGCUCAGAGAAGGAGUUAUUACCGAAGCGAUUGCGAAAGAAGAAACUGAAAAAUAUUUUGACUACUGCGAAACAGAGUUCGAAAAGGCGAAAACGAUAGAUUCGUUGCAUUUGAGCGACUGGCACGAUAUACCAUGGUCUGACUUCUUUGCUAAUCAAAGUCCCAACAAUAAGAUACCAUCCACCGGCAUCGACAUGGAAACUAUGAAGACAAUUUGUAAAGCAAUAUCAACUCCUCCCAAAGAUAUUGAUUCUCACAGUCAGGUGUUGAGGGUAAUGGACAAAAGAGCUCAGUUAAUGGAAGCUCGGCAAGCAGAUUGGGCGAUGGGCGAAUGCUUAGCUUUUCUCAGUCUGCUGAAAGAAGGCCACCACGUGAGGUUGUCCGGUGAGGAUGUCGAGCGAGGCACCUUUUCUCACCGCAUUCACAUUAUUCACGAUCAAAACAAAGAUAAAACGUUCAAAAAUAUUCUGCACGAUGUGUUUCCGGGACAAGCAUUAUACACGGUUUCUAACUCUUCGUUGUCGGAAUAUGGUGUUUGCGGAUUCGAGUUAGGUUACUCGGCUUACAAUCAUAACACUUUGACGAUGUGGGAAGGCCAGUUUGGUGAUUUCGCAAAUACGUGUCAGGUUACUAUAGACACUCUUUUAUGCUCUGGCCAAUCGAAAUGGGGUAGACAAGUAGGAUUAGUUUUACUUUUGCCGCACGGAAUGGAAGGUCAGGGACCUGAACAUUCGUCUGCGAGAAUCGAGCGAUAUCUCGAGCUUUGCGACGACGAUUAUAUUUAUCUUCCGGGUACGGAACCGGGAGCACCCCAAGGAGAGACCGUGGAGCAAAUUAUGACACGGCAAUUAUUUGAAAUAAAUUGGAUCAUCUGCAAUUUAACGACACCCGCAAACCUUUUCCAUGCUCUUCGUCGUCAGAUUCACAUGCCUUUCAGAAAACCACUGUGUAUUAUGACGCCUAAAUCCUUGCUACGUCAUCCAAUGGCUCUAUCGUCAUUCUCCGAAAUGGAAUCUGGCACAUCAUUUAGACCUAUCCUUUCGGAUCCUUUUGUCAAACCAGGCAAUAUACAAAAAGUGUUGAUUUGUAGUGGAAAAGUGUAUUACGAUUUAGUCAAGGAACGUCAGGAAAAACAAUUGGAGGAUAAAAUAGUUAUCAUUCGUCUCGAACAAUUUUGUCCAUUCCCGUAUCAUCUUCUCGCGGAAGAAGUAGCGAAGUAUCCGAAUUCUAAGAUAAUGUGGUUCCAAGAAGAACAUAAAAACCAAGGUGGGUAUACGUACGUGAGGGACAGGAUAGCAUUAGCUCUAGGGAAAAAGUUGGAAGAAAUAAUCUAUGGUGGUAGACCACCAUCGGCUGCUCCAGCAACUGGUAGCAAAAUGAUUUAUACGAAAGAGUAUAAUGAUAUGAUGGCAGAUGCUAUGAAUUUCUAUUGAGCUGCAGUUAAUCGAACGCUAAACAAAAGAUAUGUCGUUCGCAAAAUGUAAAAAUAAAGCAGAGAAUGUACGAGAUGGCCAGAUAACAUAAAGUACGAAUGAAUGAUUAAACAAUCAGAAUGAAUGUAUAUAUAUAUUCAAUCGUAUAAUGAAUUUCUCCUUGACUUUUGUUUUCUCAGUUUGAAUGUCGUCCCUAUCGAUCAGAUGCUCUUUCACACUCACCAAAAAACAUAAGUGCUUAUAACCAGUCUUCUUGUAACAUGUGCAAAUCCAUCUACCAAGGCGAUUCCACAUUGUACUUUUCUUUCACUGCGUGUUUAUUCUGAUUCAGAAUUACCGUGAUAUUACAAGUGAGGCAGACGAUUAUGCGACGUGUAAAGUACAACUGAGCUUGAGAACUGAAUAGUGUUAAUAGUCAGAAUAGCUUACACACACACAUAUAAAUAUAUGCUGAGAUUAUAUUUAUGGAUCAAACAUCUUUAUUCUUAUAUACCAUUGUAAUGCUUUUUGAGUGAUGAAAAUCUGAUUGUGUGUUGUAAUUUGUGAAUUGAUAUUGUGUACAUUAUUUUUUAAAAUUUUAUAUCAAAUAAAUAUGUAAAAUGGAUAUGGUCGCUUGUGUUAUUCAUGACGCAUAUCGCAUAUGCGUUAAACCAUAAUUAAUGAAAACAGUAAUACAUUCUGAAUGAAUUUCUUUAGCGCGUUGAAUACAUUAAAAAACUUGAAAAGUAUAAUCAAUUAAUGUGACCUCGUGUUUUAUAGAUUUUUAACGAGAAGCAAUUAUAUGUGGGCGACCCUGAACGUUCAGCAAUAAUCGUUUCCAAGUGGUGGUAAAGAACGGCGCGCGUUUAUAGUUUGAAUUGAAUUUCCCGCGACAGGAGUUUCUGUUACCUCUUAGUCAGAAAGAUGGCACAUGCUUUGGAGAGGGAGUUGAGGGUAGAGGGAGGUGGUGCGCAGAGCAUUCAACGCGAGUAGUCGCUGAGUCAGGCAUCAGUCUGCGUUUGGUGCGUGACGACUCGUGUUCUUUUGUGUUACGUGAUCAGUUAAAAGGAGAAAGCGAGACGGAAGAACGUAUCAAACCGAAGAAGCGAUUUCGGCUGUGUCUCACGUUACCGCAAACGCAACGGCACUGCCU